AUGUCAGAGAUCACCCACCCCACUAUCAAGGAUGGCUGGUUCCGCGAGAUCUCCGAUAUGUGGCCGGGCCAGGCCAUGACCCUCAAGGUCAAGAAUGUCCUCCAUCACGAGAAGAGCAAGUAUCAGGAUGUCCUCAUCUUCGAAUCGACCGACUAUGGGACCAUCUUGGUGCUCGACAAUGUCAUCCAGUGCACCGAGCGAGACGAGUUUGCAUACCAGGAGAUGAUUACCCACUUGGCCAUGAACUCGCACCCAGCGCCGAAGAAGGUGUUGGUAAUUGGUGGCGGCGACGGAGGCGUCCUUCGAGAGGUCAUCAAGCAUGAAUGUGUCGAGGAAGCCGUGUUGUGCGACAUUGACGAGGCUGUUAUCCGUUUGUCCAAGAAGUACCUCCCCGGAAUGGCAAUUAGCUACCAACACCCCAAGGUCAAGGUCCACGUUGGAGAUGGAUUCAAAUUCCUGGAGGACUACAAAAACUGCUUCGAUGUCAUUAUCACCGACUCUUCGGAUCCCGAAGGCCCGGCCGAGGCUCUCUUCCAGAAGCCAUACUUCGAGCUGCUCCAUGGUGCCUUGACCGAGAAGGGCGUUAUCACUACCCAAGGUUCCGAGAACCAAUGGCUUCACCUUCCUCUGAUCACUCAGCUCAAGAAGGAUUGCAAGCAGGUGUUCCCCAAUGUCGAAUACGCAUACACUACCAUCCCAACUUACCCCUCGGGCCAGAUUGGCUUCAUGGUGUGCUCCAAGGAUGCGUCUGUGGACCUCAAGACCCCACUACGAAGCUUCUCGGCAGAGGAGGAAGAAAAGCAGAUGCGAUACUACAAUGCCGAUAUCCACAAGGCCAGCUUCGUACUUCCAACCUUCGCCCGCAAGGCCUUGAGAUAG